CCGCCUCUCCCCAUGCAAAUGUCACGUACAACUGGUGCGUACGUCUGUCACGUGAUGUAUUAUAAUUCGCAUGGCGGCGUUCGUCCGGGUGCAAGUUUGCAGGCAAGCAAGUGUUCAUCUGUGGCAGAGAGCUCCCUGGAGGGACUGCACCUCUGCAACUCGUCCAGAUCGGGCCCCUCGUAUCUCCUUUCGUACCAGGGUGCUACAGCUUUUGUAUAAUAGGUUCUACGAUAUAGAGUACUUGGUGAACAGGAGCCAAAGCCUACGAAAUUGGAGCUUGCGUCGCAAAAACGCGUUCCAUGGCUACACUCGGGAGCGUUAUGGAGACAAUGUGGCAGCUGCCUGCUAUAUCUUGAACCUCGGAGGUGGAAUCAGGUUCUCCGGAGAGAGAGAAUGGUUUUGGAAGAAUCAGCUUGGGAAGUUCGGAGGGGACUUAAAUCAUUUUAGAGAGAUUCCCGUGGAAGAAGUGGAUGCCAAAGGAACUCCUAUCACAUAUGAUGGCUUGAACAACUUAACUCUUCUGUCCUCCCUAAGGACACUGGACCUUAGUAACUGUCCACAUGUAGAUGACUGGUGUCUAAGUCGAUUGCAUACAUUAAGUGAGUCCCUUGAAGAGCUGUCCCUUUCCGGAUGUAAGAAGGUCUCGGAUAAAGGCUUGGCUACUUUACAUCAUCUCAAGAAACUGAAAAAAUUGGAAUUAUUCGACCUUCCACAUAUUUCAAAUCCUGGUCUUGUAUGUAUUCUUCUCGAAGAAGUGAUGCCAGAAUGUGAAAUUUUAGGGAUUGACUACUCUGAUGUAUUGAAAGGAAAUUCACUGGAGGAGAUAAACAAGCAGCAUUCUUGAUUCUUUGACAUUUAUUUUGUAAAGAAGAUGGAGAAUUACUUGGUGUUUAUUUACCUUGUAAAUAUUCCAGGAUAAGCUGAAUGAACUGGUGAUGUGGCUUUGGAAGAAUCUUCCAUAUAUCUUUAUAAAAUGUGUUGGCAAAUUCAAACUUUUAAACAGAUUAUGCCUUUCUGUUUGGAUCUGAUUAACAUUGCUGCCAGUAUAGACUCUGGACGAUCACAACCCUGAAGUGAAGUAAACAUAUUUGAGAAUGUUGUAAUAUUAAGUUGUUUGCUACUGUGUUCAUUCAUGUAUCUGACCCUUGAGGUAACCACUAUAGAUGCUGACAUUUAAGCGUCUCAAACACAGGAUAGUUUAAUUCAGGUGGAUUGACAUUGAUAAAUUGGCGUGCGUGCACUUGCCCAGUGAUGGGGUGGUGCUCUGUCCAGGUGUUGUCCCUGCCUUGCUCCUGAUGAUUACUAGCUUAAUCUGUACCUGAUUUUGUUUCUAAAGCUUAAUGGAUCCAGUUAAUCAUGAGACUGCCAUAAUGCCCAAGGCUAUGCUAUACAUAUUUUAAAACACAAGCAAAGACUUGUGUGUCAGGCUUAACGCUAUUCUAAUACUGCUUUAUUAAUAAGUCAGUUUAAGAGAAGCAAGCACGCAUCUGUGCAAGUGACAAUAAAAUAACUUAACAAUGAUUAAGGCAUAAACAAUUUGUCCUUUAUUCAUAUCUUGUAAUUUCAAUCAAUAUACUUGCAUUUUUAAUAUACAUCUUUUAUACUUAUAAAAGUGAAUGGAAACUUUAAAGCGUUUUUAUUGAAACCCAGCAGCCACAAUUGGCCAUAGGACUGAGAUAGGGUGAUGUAUGUACCUAUUUUAUGUUAAUUGUUGCAGCCCCGGCUGACACCUUUUAAUAAAUAUGGAUUGCAUGAGAGAUUUACAAGUUGGCAACCGAGAUAACUAAAGCCAAAGUCAGAGGGGAUGACAAAACAUGAUGACUGGUGUUGCUGAUCUUAUUUCCUGAAAAUGUCAGGCUCCAUAACUUAUUUCCAGCAUUGCUUCAUAUUUCCAAAGUACCACAAGCUCAUCCCUUUUUCUGAAAGCCAAUAACAUGGUAACUAACUGAGUUGGAGAUAUGCUAAUGCUUUCCCUGUAUGUCGAGUUAAGCCACUGUCUUGGCCUUUUUCUUUCUUUUUUUUUUUUCGUACUCAGACAGGUGAUCCAGUCUUCUGUUUUGAGACGUUCAAAACACCUAUAGUCUUAUUCCUUAUACCUGGAUGAUAAGCAUUACACUUCCAGCUAGUUGCUUUUUGAUUUUUCAACUGUUGCACAUAUAGAGCCAAUCCCUAGGACUUGAGACCCAAUCAAAGCCGUCCAACCGAUCACAGACUGGUUGGACUUUGUCAAGUCAUGUUGUCAAACAUCUCCAGAGACUGUCACAGGAACAUGCUAGGGACUGCAUUUGAAUCGGUGAGAUUGUAUAAAUGAAGUCUGAUUGAAAUUCAUUGGAAAAGUCAUGUAAUGGGCCAGGGUCUUCAUAUAUAAUAUGCUGGAAAACUGGAAACUGCCAUUUGAAAUGUGCACUGAAUGAGAAAUACAUAUUAGUGUUAUGUUGAAAGUUAAAAGCUAAGAAUCAGUCGAUGUUUAAUGAGGACAUUUUGUGAUAAGCCCCUUUAAAAAAAAAAAAAAAAAUUAUAAAUUUAAGAUAUCAAUAUUGAGCAAAAUUAAAAAUGGAACAAGAGAAUCUGUGGUUACAGGAUACCAGGCAAUUGAGAUUAAAUUACAUUCCAUAAAUUAUUUUAAGAGCUUUAGUAUGUCACCAUCCUUGAAUCUUUUAUCCUUAAUUCUUUUAUAAAUCUUGGUUUUCAACACAGGUACGGGUGUGUGAUGCAAUGAUAAUGUUAGUGUCAGUAUGCCACCGCUGGGCUAUGUGAAUUUCCCCUUUGGAUUAAUAAAGUAUCUAUCUAUCAGGCAAAUAUCUACAUAUGAAAGAGCAAAAUCUCAAGUAAUUAUGGAAAUUCUUUAAACUUGAUGAAAGAAUUAUAUUAUUCACACAUAGUGAACUUGUCUUGAUGGUAUGGCUCACCCAGAAGUUCUGGCAAUUGACAACGUAUGUAUGUAAGCCAGUUGAUCAAGUGCAAAAAUUUUGUACAUGCUUUGAUGGAAUAGACGGAUGAAAACCUGUUGUAGCAAGGGACUAGAGAUGUCAGUUGUGCUACUAAAUGUAAUCCAGCAAAUAAGGAAAUGUUAACUAAUUUAAGUCAGUCACCUGUAUUGUACAAAUAAUCCUUCUUAAGAUAGAUAUGCACGUCAAUAAAACACCUGAAUGUAAAAUUUCAUUUUAUAA